AUGGGGAAAAGCGCGGGAACGAAAUCUAUUUCAAGAUCUGCUAAAGCGGGCGUACAGUUUCCUGUUGGACGCCUCCAUCGUCAUCUUCGCAAUGGUAAUUUCGCGCAACGUAUAGGUAGUGGUGCACCUGUUUACAUGGCUGCUGUACUUGAAUAUCUGGUUGCAGAAAUCUUGGAAUUGGCAGGAAACGCUGCUCGUGAUAACAAAAAACAUCGAAUCAUUCCUCGUCAUUUGCAAUUGGCCAUUCGUAAUGAUGAAGAACUUAACAAAUUACUCGGUCAUGUGACAAUUGCUCAAGGUGGCGUGCUUCCUAACAUUCAUCAAGAUUUGUUACCCAAAAAGUCAGGCGCAAAAAAGGAUAAGGGUGACAAAGCUGAUACAUCUGGCGCGCAACACGAUGAUGAAGAAUAA